UUCGGUGAAUCGUGUUAUCAAAUAGUUUCUCAGAAACCGGCAAAAAAAACUAAAUGAAGGAAGUUGUUAAUGGAGGAUAAAGUAUGUUGAUAAGUUGAUUCAUGUAUGUUUUUAUCUAUUUGGUAGAUAUUCCAAACUAGUUUUAUCUUGUAUUUUGAUUAAAUACACUGUGAUUUGUGUCUAUAUUAUCAACGCGGAAUACGUACGUCAAACCAGAAACAACAAUUCCAGAUCUGGCAUUGCCUUCCUUAUAGUAUUUGAUCAAAUAUUCGACCGUCCCGCAGUCGAUUCAUCAAAGUCCUGGUUUUAUCUGCCUGUUCCUCCUGGUCACACAAGAAUGAUAAAAUCACCUAUGCGAGAAAAGUUCCUGGAGAGGGUUUAUAAAGAAAAGUGUACAUUUCAGCUCGACCACGAGGAGGUUAACGAUGUAGAAAAUAAGACAUUACAAAUUCUCCGUGAUAUUCUGGACAAUGUUGGCACAGCAAACCCGGCUUUUAAAAUUGGGGAAAUUAUUAAAUCUGGGAGUUUUUACGAAGGUACCAAAGUCGGGCCACAAGAUGAGUUUGAUUUUAUGAUUGUCUUCGAAAAUCUGUCGAGGAAGGAAAGCAAAGAGUUAGAAACGGGAUGUACACCGUGGUUCCAGAAGAUCAAAGUUGUCGACGCUGAUGUAAAGACCAUCUAUAACAAAUAUCUACCACAUAAAAAGGAAUAUCUCGGGGAACCAUCGAAGAUCGUUUAUGAUUUUUGGAAACAGCUUUCGUCCGUUUUAAAGGAGAAACAAUUUUCAAUCGAAACAAGGAAAGGGAAGAUAACAGCCAUUCCUCAUCACAAACAGAAGUUACUUUUGAAGUAUGUCGGUUCGUGUAUGUUAACACCUUCGAACAAUUCACCUGGUCUCGUACCAAAGGAUUCAAUCGAAAUUGGAAUAGAUUUAAUGCCAGCUAUUAAACACCCAAACGUGACAACUGUUUUGUCAUAUUCUGGAUUCCCUAAAAAAUUCCAAUGCGACUUACAAGAAACUGGAUGCCACAUCAUUGCCAAAUCCUGCCAUAAAGAUCAUUUUCCAGACCCACCAUGUUGGUUUAUAACACUUGCUGCCAUUGAGUUAAAGACAAUGCAAAAUAUGGAUGAAAAACACAAAAAAGCUUACAAAGUUCUAAAAUCUUUGGUUAUUGGGGAAAUAAAUUAUCCCGGAAAGUGUAUCAAUUUAUCAUCCUACAUGCUCAAAACUGCCUUAAUGUUCCAUGUUCAUGGAGACAUACAAUGCUCGGGUACACAUUUUGGCGAUUGCAUUGAAAACAUUCUCAGUUAUUUAGGAAGUCAUUUUUUCAAAUUAAGGAUGCCAUGUUUUUUUGUUCGGGAUAUGGAUACAUGGGGAAUUCUUUUUGAAACUCCUGGUUUUAAUUGGGAAUUUGAUCGUCAACUUACUGUAAUAGGGGACAAGAUUGGAGGCGGAGACGUCUUAUAUGCCUUACUAUGGCUUUAUUUCUGGUAUAAAUCAACUGAAGCAGCAAAAUCCUUAUUGGCAGAGGAGUCUUGUGUAAACGAGCAUUAUUCGAAAAUCACACACAGAUUUGAACUUUUUAAGGCUUCUGUGCGUUUUUUCUUAGGGGAAUACUAUAGUUCAGGCAAGGUAUGGAAGGUUCAGCUGAAGAGGAGUAGAAUAAGAGUUAAUAGCAUGACAUCUGCUGAAGUAAAUAUAGGAGACGGAUUUCCAUUCUAUAUACAGAAGCUGAAAGAAGAAUAUGGCAUGAAUGAAGAUAUAAUAUAAUAUGCCAAAAAUGAUUUCAAUGACUCUUGUGUGCAUUUUAUUUUACUAUUUUACAAAAUGUUUUUUUGCAGUGCCUUUAAAUACCAAACAUUGCUUUGUCAUGCCUGUAUGCGCUCUUGCGUUUAUUUGUACUGUAUUCCUCUCACGUAAUGUUGUCGUUUUAGCGGUAUUUUUAACAUUGCAAUAUAUGCGUGAGGUUUGGCUAGCCAUAAAACCAGGUUCAACCCACCAUUUGUCUUUAAAUGUCCUGUACCAAGUCAGGAAAAUGGCAGUUGUUAUCAAAAAGUCAGUUUCUAUGUAUGUUGGUGUUUAUUUUUGUAGCAGUUCAGUGUUUCUGUGGUUCCGUUGUUUUCCUCUUAUAGUUGAUGUGUUCCUUCGGUUUUGGUUUUUGUCCCGGAUUUGUUUUCGCUUAAUCGAUUUAUGACUAUUGAACAGCGGUAUACUACUGUUGCCUUUAUUUCUGUAUAUAUUCCUGCUUUUAUGCUAUAUCUUUUUUUUUACAUUUUUGAUAAUUGCAAUAAGAUUCUAAUUUUUUAGGCUACCAUUCCUGCUAUAUAUGCUUAUACUACAUUACAGAAAAAUGCAAAGAAAAUCAAGAAUAGAUGACAAAAUAAUAAAGAAAAGAGAAUAAUGGGGAGAUAAAGUAUAAAGAAUAGAGAAUAAUCGCAAGAAAACUGUUUUGAAAUUAUUUAAAAUUAAGGUAUGUAUCUCCCUCAUGCAAAGCUCUGAUUCCCUGCCCGGCUUUGGCUAUACUUUUUUUUCCUUUUUGGUUUAUAACUCUUCAUCUUUUUAAUAAGCUUUGGAUUUUCAAAUAUUUUGAACUUGAGCAUCACUGAAGAGACAUUGAUUGUCGAAAUGCGCAUCUGGUGCAGAAAAAUUAGUACCGUUUAUGUAAUUACAGAAAUGAAGAACUAUGGGGGAUCCAGACAUCAUAUAAUAGUGCGUCUGAUGAUUUUGUAAUUGUGUUAUCCUCAUAAAAAUUUUGUAAAUCAUCUAUGUAGAUAAGUUAAAUGUUUUAGUGUUUUUUUUAACCUAAUUUAUUUCUUUUUAAUGCUGAUGUAUACUUUUUGUAUUUGACUUUUCUGUAUGCUUAUCGUAUUUGAUAAUUAUAUUAUUGUUUUGAU